AUGUUGGUCGGCCGAGAAGGAAGAGAGGGAGGUGACAGCCAGGCAGUACGGGGCCUGCGGUGUGAGGAAAGCUCCGUGGGGCGGUUGAGACAGCUGGAGAGCACUGAGCUCUGUGGCUUGCUGCUGCUGGGCGAUAGUCCUGGACCUUCUAAUGCUGCGAUGAGGGAGCAAAGAAGGGUGCAUGAGAAUAAGCAUGGAAGGGGAGGUCUGGAGGGGAGCAGCACAAGGGCGACUGUAGAAGAUGUGAACAACGGUGAAGCGGAACAGAAGCAGACGAAGGAGGAGGAAGCGCAGGUGACAAGCAAGCAGCUUGAGAUGUUGCAGCAGGCGAACGAUGAGGUGAGUGCGGUGGUGGUGGAGUGGAUGGGCAUGGGGGAAGUGGAUGGGAAAACGGAUGGGCAAAAGGAUGGGCAAAAAGAAUGGGUAAAAAGGGCCAUAGCGGACUACUCUCGCGUCAUUGACCUGGACCCCUCCAAUGCUGAAGCACUCAGGUGGCGAGGCAUCUUGUCCUUUAACCUGAAGGACUACCAUGCAGCAGAGAAGGACUUUCAGGAAGCCAUUCACCUUGACCCCUCUCAGUCUUUCGUCUUUCGAGGCCUUGCCCUAGCCAUAGGGGGCAGUGGGAGGUGGCGGGAGUCCCUGGCAGUGUUUGCAGAGGGUGUGAGGCGGCACCCUCAGGAUGCGGACCUGUGGCAUUCCAAGGGGCGCGCGCACAAGGAGGUGGGCGAGGUGGAUCAAGCCAUAGAGGCGCUGCAACGAGCGCUGCAGAUCAGAAAGGCAGUGGCGACCUAUCAGGAGCUCGUCGCUGUCAGCCAAUUGGUGGGCGACUACAGGGCCGCCAUACGCUAUGCAAGAGAGGGGUUGCAGCUGGACAGGGGAGACAUGGAGCUCGCUCAUGCCCACGCCAGCAGCCUGCAUGCUCUGGGGGACCUUGCUGAAGCUAUGCGCAAGUACCAGGCAGCGUUGGCACUGCAACCCAGGGAUCAGGACGGACAGAGGGAGGUACUGUCCUACACCGUUGCUCGCUUGCAGCAGCCGCUCUCCUCUAUCCAAUUCGACUGGGACUUCACUCUGACAUACUUCCAUCCCCCCUUGCUACAUUCCCGACUCAUAUCCCCCUCCCCCACCGUGGCACAGGAGGCAUGGACCAAUAGUGACCCUAUAGCAACACUGCCAGGAUACCAGCCGCUCUCGCUGCGCAUGGCAGGGCUGGCAGCUCUUGACGUGAUGCAGCAGGUGAGACUCUUCCGCUUCCUUUCCACCCACGUCCUUCUCUCAUCUGCCCCCAUUCACUUUGAUGGUGUUCAGGCCACUCGUAAAUCCCCAGGGCUGGCAGCUCUUGACGAGAUGCAGCUGGCAAGGGCAAGUUGGGAUGCUAUGGCACAGGAGCUGCAGGGGAGGGAGUCAGCAGCUGGAAACACAGUUACAGACACGACAACAACCAAGGAAAAAGAUGCACUAGCAGGAGGAGGCGGAAGGGUAGAGAGCACGGCGAAGCAGAGGCAGAAGGCAAGUGAAAACUCAGGCAAAGACAGUGGGAAGAGCCGCAGCAGAAGCAAGGUGUCAGGCGGUGGGGUGCUCAAAGGCUGGAGGGAUGUUUACGAGAUGAUCACCAGAUGGAGACAGAUCGCCGAUCCAACGGCUGCUAUUCUCUGGAACGACCAACUGAAGUCGUUUGAGGCCAUGCGUGAAGCUCUGCUGGAGUCAGAGCGGGCCUUUUCAAACGACCAGCCCUUCGCUGUGCCGCGUAACUCACGUCACAUGGUGAGUGGGGUGUGCCUGUUUCUUGCAACAUGCAUGGCCACAUGGGGUGAGUGGGCUGCAUCGGCCAUGGCAGCAACCGUGAUCACCAGGGCAGCUGACCUGCAGGCGCUUCACCAAGCUGUGGGAAAGGACUUUCUCGUCCAAGCACCCUGCUACAGCCAUGUCUUCCCAGGGUGCGCCUUCCCUGCUACAGCCAUGCCGUUCCAGGCAUGUUCCUCCUCACAUGCUCUCUUUUCCCUCCACACCAUCUUUCCCUAUCGAUUCCAACCUCGCCCUUCUCUCCUCCGCCUCUGGAGCUCCAUCUGUCUUUCACUCACCUAUCCUCCCUCCCUUUUUCUGCAUGCACGCAUUGAACCACCCACACACCACAUUCACGCGCUCCUGUUCCUCUGUCUGCACCAUACCAGCACCCACGCGUUCAACUUCUACUCGCACACGCCAAUCAGCGCUCAUCGGUGGCACGGCUUCGACCACGAGCUCACUGCUGCAUGGCAGGCGCUGUGUGCGGCAGUGCUGGACGCACACACAGAGGCAGCGGACCCGCAUCGCUACCGCCAGAGGAUUCAAGACGCCAUCCUCCGCCUGGGGUACUUCUGUGGGGUACACACGCUGUGCCUGGCUGCUAAUGCAAGGGGUACUCUGCGCGUUUGUGGGAGGGGUCACGCAUGUAGCUGCCUUGCACAGUUCCAGCUCAUGCCGCUGACGCGCGGGUCCGCCAUGGUGGGGCUGGUCUCCAUCCUCGGCCUCUCCAUGGCUGCUGACAUGCAAACCACAACGCUCGUCCCCCACGGGGUGCAGGUAGGCUGA